UUAAUGUGUUUUUCUGAAAACAAAUGUUUUUAAAACAUUUAUUAUUCUAGUUUUUACUUGGUUAAUUGUUAUUGUUUGUGAUUUUUGAUUUCCAAUUGGUUUGUAAUGAAUCGUAAUAAAAGGAAAUUAGGUGAUCUCUAUCCGGAGAAACAAUUUGAUGGUGCCAAUGAUUCUGACUCUUCAAAUAGUGAAAGUGAAGAUGAUUCGGUAAAUUCUGAUGAAGAAACUGCAAUUGGGAAAAAGGUUCAUUCUGAAUCGGAUGAAGGAAGUGAUGAUGGUCAAGAAGCUGAAAAAGCUCCUGAUAUAGAAGAUGAUGGUGACUCUGAUGAAGCCGAAGCCGAUGCCGAUGCUGGUGGUGGUGGAGGUGAUAGAGAAGAAGAGGGUGAUGAUGAAGAAGCGGAGGAAGAGGAAGAUGACGAAGAAGAAGAGGAAGAGGAGGAAGAAGAAGAAGCAGAAGCAGAAGCAGAGGCAGAGGCAGAUGCCGAUGCCGAUGCCGAUGCCGAUGCCGAUGCCGAUGCUGAUGCUGAUGUCGAUGAAGAUAAGGGUGCUCAGCCUGAAGAUCAUAGUGAUCGAGAGGAAGAAGAAGAAGAGGAAGAUGUUAAGCCAGGAAUUGAAGCAAGUGAUGAUGAGAGAAGUGAAGAAGAGCAAGAAGAACUGAAGCCAAAUAUUUCUGCCAGUGAACACGGCGAAGAUGAAGAUGAAGAUGAAGAAAUUGCCGUUAAGAAGCCAUUGGAUACAGAUAGUGACAGUAGUGAUGAUGGUGAAGGGAGGAAAAUUGAACAAGCCGCUGAUGCUAAUGAUGUUUUGGCAGAUUUGGACUUGGACGAUGAUGAUGAUGAAGACGAAGAUAAAGAAGAAAAAGUAGUGAAAGAAGAAAUCUUUGGAAGAGAUGAUGAUGAUGAACGAGAUGACAGAGAAGAAGAACAAGAAGAAAUACCAAUAACCCGAAUUGAAGUUGAAAUACCAAAGAUUCCAACUGAACUUGGAAACGAUAUUCAUUUUGUAAAAUUACCAAACUUUUUAAGUGUUGAUACUCAUCCAUAUGACCCUUCAUGGUAUGAAGAUGAAAUAGAUGAAGACGAAAUUAUGGACGAAGAAGGUAGACAUCGAUUAAAGUUAAAAGUCGAAAGUACCAUUAGAUGGAGAACCGUCGUCGAUGAAACUGGUGAAUCACAACGAGAAAGUAACGCUCGUAUUGUCAAAUGGUCUGACGGUAGUAUGUCCCUUCAUCUUGGAUCGGAAAUUUUUGAUAUCCACAAACAGAGUCUCAUGGCAGGAGAUAAUAAUCAUCUCUUCAUCCGACAAGGAACUGGACUUCAAGGUCAAGCCGUUUUUAAGACAAAAUUAACCUUCCGACCUCAUUCAACCGACAGUUUUACCCAUCGAAAGAUGACCCUCUCUUUGGCCGAAAGGAGUCACAAAACUCAAAAGAUCAGAGUUUUACCCAAUGUUGGUAAAGAUCCUGAAGCUCAUCGAUCCGAGAUGAUAAAGAAAGAAGAAGAUAAACUCAAAGCCUCCAUACGAAGGGAAAAUAAGAUGAGACGAGUCAGAGAAAAGGCCCCAUUCCGUGGACCAACCGCUUCUUACCUGGAACCCGAUGCUUACGACGACGAUGACGAUGAUAACAGUGUCUCUCUUUCCGCUAUUAAAAAACGCUACAAAAAAGGUGGAGCGGGUUAUAAUAUUUACACCGAUAGCGAUGAUGACAGUGACCUGGAGAAAAAGAAAGGAUCAAGUGAACGGAAAAGAACCGCUAAAGUUAAUGAUAGUGAUGAAGACGAAUGAUAAUCACAAUCGACGAACAUCAAAAAUGAAACAAUUAAACAGAAAAAAAAUGUCUGUAAGUUCAAUCUCUUAAUCCACUCAAAUUUUUCUUUAAUCCAAAAAUCAAUCAAUUCCAAAUCCAAAUCAAUGUAAAUAAUUAAAAAACUCAACUGUACUUGAUUCACAAAUACAAAAUGUACAAGUCAUUAAAUCUGUACUUUAAUUGUUUAAAA